AUGAUUGUCCCAAGGAAUAUCUCAUCAUCGCUACUAUUAUCAUUGCUACUAGUAGUCGACUAUGCCGCAUCGUCAAUCACUUUGUCUCAAUUCGAGGAAAUUCAAGGCUUCUCGAGUUCCUGCGAAUCUGUGUGGCAAGAGGCUAUACCGGGAUGUACCAAAAAGGAUUUUGCCAAUGACGAUGAUAAUAAUAACGACAACAACACAUGCUCGCGUUCUUGUCUCGCCGGCGUGAAUAUAAUCAACGCCGAAGUGCUCGUCGCCUGCUCCGAUGCGCGCGUGGACAGCAGUACCCUAUUAGGACAGUUCCUGUCCGGAUAUGGAGUCUUUGCGCUUUGUGGUGGAGGGGAGACUGGCGGUUCGGAGACGAUGGGUAGUAGUACUGCUACUGCUUCGAUGAUAGUCGAAUCCAGCUCGGGGCCAGAAUCAAUAGCCACUGGCUUUAUUUCGAGUAUUUAUUCAAGUACUGGCGAAACGACAACAACGAGUGCUAUGCAAAGCAGCACAUCAACGCAAUCCGCGCAGCCAUCUUCGCUAUCCAUGACAGCUGCGAGCGUAACUUCGACGUCAGAUCCGAAUCUUACAAGUACAUCUUCUGGAUUGAGCACUUCGAGUGCCUCAUCGACAACAAUGACAGCUACGACAACGGCCACAACAAGUGGUACGAGCUCUGCAAGCUCGUCGUCAGACCCAGAGGCCAAGGGGUUUGGAGGGGUAGGCAACGCGUUUGAUAUCCUCGGAGGCGAGGGCGGUGCUGCUCAGUUAGAGGGGGUGUCGUUAGGCGUGCCUGUGACGCAAUAUAUCUGGGCAAUGGAGGCGAACGCAGAUGAUCUGGUGGAACGACGCCGGCUUCAAAAUAGACUGGCACAGCGCAAGUUCCGCGAGAAGAAACGGCGAGGGACGGAGAACCGCCUUGUAAACAACACGGAGCAAUCAUCAGCAGUGGCCCGGGGUGAAAUCAAUAUAUCCACGUCUCCUCCAUUAGAAGACCCAAUCAAUCACUUUGCAGAGACAAUAUUUGGUUCUCACACCACUGACCAACUAUUAUGCCAAGAAACCCAGGAUAUUACAUUCUCUUCACAAAAUAUACCCGCCUUGCAAUCACACUUGGCGCCCCCCACACUUGAGGAAGUGACAACUUGGGAUCUGGGACUGUGGAAUGCCCUCUCGAGUACUGGAAAUGUAAAUAUAUCACAACCCGAUGGAGGGCCAGUUCAAACUCAAAUCCAGCAUACACCUUCCCAGCCCAGAAGCUCGGACCCAGACAUACCACCUUCUACUCAGCCAGAUCCCAAUGACAAGAGUAUGUCACGGCUUAUCAGCACAGCAAACAACGAAAAAGGCUGGAUCAGUAGCCUCCACAUCGCUGCCCAAACGGGCCACGAGCAAAUAGUACGGGUGCUCCUCUUGAGCGGCAACAUAGAUGUCAAUCAGCAAGACAGCGACGAUCGCACACCACUAAUCCACGCAGUCAUGGAGAACCAUGAGUCUGUAGUUUGCUUACUGCUAGAACAUGGCGCCCAAAUAGGGAUUCUGGACUGCGACGGCCGCUCAGGAAUACACUGGGCAAUCUUACGUCGGAAUCUGACAAUAUUGCAGCUGCUACUGAAGCACCGCUCCGAAAAUGAACAAGCGCUUGAUAUUGAUGCCUACGACAUUACGGGUUGGACUCCGCUGCAUAUGGCUAUUAUUCGUUCUUUUGAGCCUGCCGUGCUUCUCCUUAUUCAGCUAGGCGCUGAUAUUACUGCAAAAGCCCAUAAAUGCCCUUUUCAGGAGAAGAGAGCUGGUCGCGGACUGCAGUGA